AUGGCCCCAGACGUUCAAGCUGCAAAAGCUGUGGAAACAGCGCUCCGCGCUGGCUACCGCCAUAUCGACACAGCACUCGCCUAUGGUAACGAGCGAGAAGUGGGAGCUGGAAUCCGCGCUUCUGGUGUCCUUCGUAAAGAGAUCUGGGUAUCAGGCAAGCUCCGAAACAACUGGCACAAACACGCCCCGCAAUGUCUUGAAAAGAGUCUAAAGAAUCUCGGUGUGGGAUAUCUUGACUUGUACUUGAUUCACUGGUCCUGUCCUAGGGACGCAGACAACCCGGCGGUUUGUUACGAGGAUUGGGACAUUGUUGAUACGUGGAUGGAAAUGGAGGAAUUGCUGCACACGGGCAAGGUCCUGAACAUUGGCGUGUCCAACUUUGGGAUUCAACAGUUGGAGAAGCUGUUGAAGAGCCGUUGGACUGAAAUUGUGCCCGCUGUCAACCAGAUCGAGCUACACCCUUGCAACCCAUCGCCAAAGCUUGUAGCAUACUGCGCCUCUCGAGAUACCCAUACGGAAGGCUAUUCGUGCUUGGGAUCUGGUCGUUCAGCCCUGUACCGUAACGAGACCUUGAUCGACAUCGCUGAGGCGAAUGAGAAGACAGUACAGCAGGUGUUGCUCCAGUGGGGCAUAGAGAAGGGCUGGGGCGUGGUUUGCAAGAGUGUCACUCCCUCCAGAAUCAAGUCUAACUUGGAAUUGGGCGGAUGGGAGCUGACAGACGACGAGAUGGGGGCGAUCGAUGACAUCGAAGAGCGGUUCAAGGCCGUCAGCGAUGAGUUUCUGCUGAUAAGAGUGUUCUUUAGAGACGACGAGUGA